CAACAUGGCGGAUGUUGAAACAUCGAAAUCUUUGAACGGUUUGCUGAAUGGAAUAGCACAAAUAGUGUAUUAUAAUAAUGCUGAAAUAACAGAGGAACUUUUGAAAAAUGAACUUUAUCCAGACUUAACGCAGGAGGAGUUUCGCGCGAUGCAUGAAAAGAUGAAAGGUCUUAUAAAGUCUAUCGCCACUGCUAACAUGGAUCAGGCCCAGCUGGAAGCCUUCCUGACUGCCCAGACCAGGAAGCAGGGCACGGGGGGUGUGAGCGCCGAGCAGGCGGCCGCCCUCUCCCGGUUCUGGAAGAGCCACCGGGCCCGGGUGAGGGAGAGCCUGCUGGGCCAGAGCCGCUGGGAGCCCGGCCUGAAGGGCCUCACCUGGAGGGUGGACCUCCAGACCUCAGCCAGCAGAGGAGGGGCCGUUAACAUUCCCGUGGCCCUGGUGGAGCUGGAACUGGGCAGGGCUGGAGAGGACUCAGACUUUGUGUGUCUGGAGUUUGACGAGGCGAAGGUGAACCAGGUGUUGAAGAAGAUGGCGGAGAUCCAGGAGAGCAUCGACACCAUCGUACACCGCAGCUAGGGUCUACAUUUCUGUGUGAAAUAGGAGAGAAACGUCCCCGUUCUGUAAAAACAAUAAGUGGGUUUCCUGUCUUUUCCUGUCAUUUCUCUUCGUUCUAUGACUUGGACAGAAAACAUUAGCCUGCCAUGCAGCAGACGGGAAAACUAUGCAUUAUAGAUGUAUCUUUAUACCUUAUUUACUGUACACACUGGCUAGCUAAUUUCUUCCAGUAAGUCCUAUCUGAGUCUAACAAAGGGGAUAUUGUUCAAUCACUGCUAGAGAACCUGCUGUGUGUUUUGUUUUGUGGCCAGGAAGGAAGACUUCUUUUCACGUACAGAACAUGUAGUACUCUUAUGCUUGAUUUACAAUUAGUGCAAUAUCCAUUUUGUACAUGCCCGUUGCCAUUCCAGACAGUGACACAUUGAUUUUUUUCAGUUUAAGCCUAGUAAACCUAACAUCCCCUUGCUUAAUGUUGGGCAGACAACUUGUACAAUAUCGUUGUUCCCAAUAGGAGCUGCUUCUUUCAACACUAUUUCUAGCCCCUCAACAUUCCGGCUGCCUGACCUGGCCUGAACUUUCCGUACUGGGCACAGACCAGGGGUGUAGGCUGUUCAUUGAGGUGAGACAUUCACAACAUUGCAAGUAGAAAUAGAACUGACAAGAUUUGCUAUUCUACAUGACAGACAAGCCUAUCUGUUGUACAUGCAAAAUAAGGAUCUGAACAUGUAUGGUUGCACCCUCCUGGACACCCUCCUGGACACCCUCCUGGACAGGCCCACAUGCUGUCCCAAUUGGCCCAAUGUCUUAAAUAUCCUUAUUUUCGUGUCUCACUUAUUUUGUAUUGAUUGGAAAGACUUGAUUGUGGAAAAGCAAAAUGAUGGAAAUGUAUCAGGUUCUUUGAACUGUCAGUGAUCAUAAAAGAGAAAAAAGGAACAUUUAUUCAUCCAUAGUGAUGUCAUAAAGAUGAAUUUGUACAAUAAAGGUUAGAACUGGGACGAUAAACCAAAAAUGAUUGAUACUGACCGAACCGACCAAUUAGCUGGAACAUUUUACUGAUAUCGAGGAAUGCGUAGUUUAAAAAAUUCAUUAAGUCUGCUAAUAUAUGCUAUUUCUAACUGGAUAAUUGAUUGCUACAACAUUGUAACUGAAGUAACUGGUGCACAUUCAUGUUAUCAAUUUAUUGUUCAGUUUGUCGUUAUCGUGAUAAUUCAGUUGAUUUGUCCAUAUCGCCCAGCUCUAAUGAAAGGUCCAUGUCAUCUUAUUACCCCCAUUUGCAAAAUGGGAUAUCAACCAACACUUUGGACCAGGUGUUAAAAUGUUUUAUUAAACUGUAACAAAAUGUAUCAAAGCCUGCUUUUCAUGUUGUCUUUGUAAUGAAUAAAACAAAGUUAAAGGAC